CUUAAGGACAGAGAAUUCUGGGGAGUAGGUACCCACUGAGUCUAUGUACAAUACAUAAUACCUACAUAGUAUAUCUACGUACCCCCACUUAAUUGAAUUCGAACAUACCCCUGUAAUCGUGGAGCUCUUUCUGCUCUUUCUUGCAGGGUGCGACGCGCGGAUUGAAAGCUCCAGCUGUCCUCACCACGUUUUAUCCAUCACGACCUGCACAGCCGAAGUUAUCCAAACUCACUUUUCUUUCUCCCACAACUUUUUUUUUCUUUUCCCCCAACUCAAAUGUUGACGCUGUCUACCACCUAGUUGCAUUGUCCUGAGGCAACACUCACAAUGCCUGUCGCAACUGAUGCGAGCUCCACCCCUGUUGACUUGCUCGUCAGCGUUGGUAAAAAUCAGAGCACUAAGACCUUAUUGAGGGUCAUUAUUCUCUGCUUCAUCGCCGCCGCCGCCGUCGCAAGUCGUCUUUUUUCAGUCAUUCGUUUUGAGAGUAUUAUCCACGAGUUCGACCCGUGGUUCAACUUUAGAGCAACUAAGUACCUUGUCGCCCAUGGAUUCUACGAUUUCUGGGAUUGGUUCGACGAUCGGACAUGGCAUCCCCUAGGUCGAGUAACCGGAGGCACUCUCUAUCCCGGUCUGAUGGUUACAAGCGGCGUUAUCUACCAUCUCCUACGAGCCCUGACUGUUCCUGUCGACAUUAGAAACAUCUGCGUUCUUCUAGCACCGGCAUUCUCUGGCUUGACUGCCUUUGCCGCCUACCUCCUCACCAAUGAGAUGACCACCUCGCCAUCUGCUGGUCUUCUAGCCGCUGUCUUCAUGGGCAUCACCCCAGGUUAUAUCUCGAGAUCCGUGGCUGGUUCCUAUGAUAACGAGGCAAUUGCAAUAUUCCUCUUAGUAUUCACCUUCUAUCUCUGGAUCAAGGCGUUGAAACUGGGUUCCGUCUUAUGGGGCGCUCUGUGUGCCCUCUUCUACGGCUACAUGGUGGCCUCGUGGGGUGGGUAUGCCUUCAUUACCUGCCUCGUCCCUCUACACGCAUUCGUACUCGUCUGUAUGGGAAGGUUCAGCAUGCGCCUCUAUGUCUCCUACACGACAUGGUAUGCCCUCGGCACUUUGGCCAGCAUGCAGAUCCCAUUUGUCGGGUUCUCGCCCGUUCGCACCAGUGAGCACAUGCCCGCUCUAGGUAUAUUUGGCUUUCUUCAGCUUGUAGCCUUCAUCGAAUACGUUCGGUCGGCUGUCCCAAGCCGCCAGUUCCAGUCAUUCCUUUACAUGGGCCUAGGCAGUAUAUUCGGCGUUGCACUACUCGGCUUGGUUGGCCUUACCACUCUCGGAUAUAUUGCUCCUUGGUCCGGUCGAUUCUACUCUCUGUGGGAUACUGGCUAUGCCAAGAUCCACAUUCCAAUUAUUGCGUCCGUAUCUGAACACCAACCGACCGCUUGGCCAGCCUUCUUUUUCGAUCUGAAUAUGCUGAUCUGGCUCUUCCCUGCUGGUGUCUACCUUUGCUUCCAGAAAUUGGAGGAUGAACACGUUUUCAUCAUCGUAUACGCUCUGUUUGGAAGUUACUUCGCUGGCGUCAUGGUGCGAUUGAUGCUGACCCUGACCCCUGUGGUGUGCGUAGCCGCUGCUAUUGCCGCCUCCCAACUUCUUGACACAUACCUUGUCGUCAGAUCGCCUGAGCCUGUCAGCUCUGAAGAAGAAGGGACUGAUGCGACUCCGAAGAAGGCAUCCAAGCAUGGCGUGCUACGCACUGCAUCCCAACCCGUGGUGGGCAUAUACAGCUUAUUAUCUAAGGGCUUCAUAGCCGGAUCCAUGAUCCUGUUCCUACUCAUUUUCGUACAACAUUGUACCUGGGUAACCUCGAACGCCUAUUCAUCUCCAUCUGUUGUCCUAGCAAGCAGGAUGCCAGACGGCAGUCAGCAUAUCAUCGACGACUACCGCGAGGCUUACCAGUGGCUUCGCCAGAAUACCAAAGAAGAUGCCAAGAUCAUGUCAUGGUGGGACUACGGCUAUCAGAUUGGUGGAAUGGCCGACCGCCCUACCCUCGUAGAUAACAAUACCUGGAACAACACCCACAUUGCCACAGUUGGCAAAGCCAUGAGUUCUCGCGAGGAAGUAAGCUACCCGAUCAUGCGUCAGCACGAAGUUGACUACGUCCUUGUUGUCUUCGGCGGUCUGCUCGGUUAUUCGGGUGACGAUAUAAACAAGUUCCUCUGGAUGGUAAGAAUCGCCGAGGGUAUCUGGCCCGACGAGGUGAAGGAGCGCGAUUUCUUUACGGCGCGGGGCGAGUAUAGAGUCGACGGUGAAGCCUCUGACACCAUGAAGAACAGUCUAAUGUACAAGAUGUCCUACUACAACUACGGCGCCCUCUUCCCUCCCGGGCAGGCCCAGGAUCGUGUCCGAGGUGCUCGCCUCCCCGAUCAAGGACCGGUUCUUAACACACUGGAAGAGGCCUAUACCAGUGAGAACUGGAUAAUCCGAAUUUACAAGGUCAAGGAUCUCGACAAUGUGGGCCGCGACCAUGCUUCGGCAGCCUCGUUUGAGAGAGGCCACAAGAAGAAGAAGGCCACUAAGAAACGUGGGCCUAGGGUUCUAAGAGUGGAGUAAUGAAGCUAGAGAGUAUGACCAUGAAGGAUAACAUGCGAUAUACCCAGUCUGUCAUUACUUUGACUUGUACAUUUGCUAGUUAGGGAAGGAAAAGUCGGCCUCAGUGGCUACCUACUCAUGUACAGAUAUCAAAGUUCAAGACAAGGCAUUAAAAAUAAACAAAAAGGGUACAUUCCCUAAUUACGUAUAAUUGGUACUCAUUCACGCUGCCUUUACGUGUCCAAGAGCAAUGAUUUAGUACUCAAAUUUUCAUUAAAAAACAUGGCGUACGAGGCGCCACUUUCAUUAUUACACAAUUGUCCCAAGUGUCUUGAUUAGCUACUAAGAAAAAGAGAGCUUGUUUGUUGUUUUUUUUCCCCAAGUUAACUAGGUACCUAGGUAUACAAAGUUAAAAAGUAAAUAGCAUUAUGGGGCAGGACAGAUG